AUGGCGACCAGAAAGAUCAACCUCACGCCACGGGAAAGCCAGCUGAGAGAGCUACUGCUCGAUGUUGCCCGCUAUAUCGAUGAGUCCAAGCAGAUCAAGGAGAAGAUUGAGCUCCGAUUUGCAGGAGGUUGGGUCCGGGACAAGCUCCUGGGUAUCCCAAGUCAUGAUAUCGAUACGGCCAUUAACGCUAUGACAGGCUAUGCCUUCAGUACCAAGAUGCAAGAGUAUCUCAAGGAUGAGGAGAACUUGAAGAAGCACGCCUUGGAGGCCAAGGAUCUGGGAAAUCUGCACAAGAUUCUCGCGAACCCGGAAAAAUCGAAGCAUCUUGAGACUGCUACCACCAAGAUCUUUGGAUUUGAUGUGGAUUUUGUCAAUUUGCGGAAGGAGACCUAUUCAGACGACAGUCGCAAUCCGCAAAUGGAAUUUGGUACUGCGGAAGAGGAUUCUUUGAGACGAGAUGCUACCAUUAAUGCUCUGUUCUAUAAUCUGGGUACGGAUCUGGUUGAGGACUUCACGUCUGGUCUCGAAGAUCUCGCUGCACGCCGCAUUCAAACUCCUCUUGAGCCCAAGACAACAUUCACAGAUGAUCCUUUGCGAGUACUGAGAUUGAUCCGGUUUGCAAGCCGCUUAGACUUCAAUAUCGAUGCUGCAUCCGAGGCCGCUAUGGGUGAUCCUGUUGUCAUGGAAGCUCUGAAGCUCAAGAUCAGCAGAGAGCGGGUAGGUGUUGAGCUUGAGAAAAUGUUGAAAGGUCCGUCCAACCAAGGUCCAAGCUUAUCCGAUCAUACUAAUACAAAGAUAGGUCGUGAUCCGAAGGGUUCCCUUGCAUUGAUCAACAGACUUGGACUCUACUCUACCAUCUUCACCGAUCCUACCACGGAAGGAAACCCCGUACCAGAAACUACUCACUGGCCUGUUGUUUACGAGUGCUUGGACCAGCUCAAAUCCAAUGAGACGCCAGGUUCAGUCUACAAAUCCUUGGUUCGCUCAGACGAUGCCAAGUAUCUUUCGUGGAUCCUAGCAGCUCUCACUCCCUUAUCACAAUUUCCACUCCCUCGGCCAGCAAAUGGCAGCUACAAGAUUCCGCUACCGCUUGGGUUCAAAGUCGCUAGAGAGGGUCUAAAGUUAGAAAGUAAGAUCUGCAAUGUGAUCACUGGGGCUUUCAGACAUCGCGAGGAAAUCACAGAGCUGAAGAAUGCGAUCAAACGGAAAGAUGUUCGCUCCAGUCAGCGAGAUACUGUGGGAAUGACAAUUCGCAGAUGGGAUGCUCAAGGUGGGCACUGGCGGCUCCAGGCUCUUUUCGCUAUCCUCGUUGAUGCUUUCAACCAAGCCUCAACAUGUGAGCCAAUCUUCCUUUCAGUUGAGCGAUCCGUACUAACCUCAUCAGCAUACGGAACUCUGUUCAGUGAGUGGCAAGAAUUCAUCGACCACCUGGAGGGCAUGGAUAUCAUGGAUGCGGCAGGUGAGAAGAGCAUCAUUGACGGCAAAGUUUUGUGCAAAGAACUCGGUGGCAUUAAACCUGGCAUCUGGAUGCGACCUGCAUUGGAUGUGGUCAUGGAGUGGCAGCUUCGCAACCAGGGUGUGAAGGACUAUGCGGGGGCUAUUGAGGAGGUGAAGAAGCGACGUGAGGAGUUGAAGAUACCCGCGCCAAAGUAA